CAUCAGUUCAAUCAGCCCAUUUUGGCCUUAUUUGAUCAUCCGUUUUCCCGUCCAACUCGGAUCGUUAGAUCCCACUUACGGAGUUACGGGAUCUGACACCCCAUUGCAGAGCCAUCUACCAGCAGCUGCUGAAAAGUAUUCUGAUACGUGGGACUCGCAUGUCUAUGCCUUCGAUGCACCCGACCGUACCAAUACGAGGGAAAAUCGAUCAACAUGUCAUCAGAUGGCAGUCAGGCCAAGCCAAUGGGGGAAGAGCCUCCCGACGUUCGGCAACGUGUCGCCGCGAGCUCUACAGAAGCAAUCAAAUCAACUGCCCAGAAGGAAAAGCGUACGCGCGAGCUUGAAGAUGGCGAUGAUGAGUUUUCCGACGACCCGCGCAAUGGAAGAAAAAGGCAGGAUCGUGUCAAGCGUAGCAUGCCGCUCCACCAACCUCGUCCUCAACCAAUAUUGCCAAAGCCAGUCGAGGAGCUCCAGCCACAGCCUCCAGGCCAUAUAAUAGGGGAUAAGGAACGUAUGGUUAUCCACGGUCUGCUGCAACGGGUAUGGCAAAAAUGGGAAUGUCUCAGUGCGGUCAGACGGCAAUGUCAACUUGAAGGCGCGGCCAGAAAAACCGCUUUACUCCAGUCUGGGAAGGGAGAGCAGCAGCCAAGCCGCCUCAAUGCACUGGAUAUUACACUGUCUGGAGCGGAGCCAACCCCCCGUACCUGGGAGCUCCCAGAUGGCCCUGGGGCCCUACAAUCCUACCGCAAGAUGAUUUUACAACAAACUCGAUACGUUCGCACAUAUAUGGACAACUCACUUGUUGACGAUAUUGCCAAGAGACGACAGGAUUAUGCAUUCCAGCCCAACCCUGACGCGGCUUACUUCAACCGUGUGAUGGUUCCAUAUCGGGAAAGGGUGCUACGCAGAGAUAUAGAAAUUGCUUUCUAUCGCAAUACAGGAAGCAAACGCGAUACUGCUCAGCUUGACCCACUCCAAUCCGCACGAGUUCGGGCGUUCCGUGAGGCAAUGGAGCAUUCAAAGACGCCUAUCAAGCAAGUAUUUAUACCAGACGUUGGAACACCGGGCACCUUGUCUCUAGUGACUCUCAAGGGCAAUUGUCCUUUUACGAUGUUGGAAGUUGAAACUGAAGACUUGGAAAAGCUGGGCUGGUGGUUUGAUCUGCAGAAGAUGACUUACUGGCGAUAUGAGUUGCACGCAGAUGCCUUAGAAGAUGUUGAUUCUCCUCAACAGUCCGUUUUCAAGGUUGGUAUAGACGGAGACGUAUGGUCGGUGCUAACUUCAAGUGGAGAGUGGCUGGACUGGAGCACUGUAGUCAAAAGUACGGAGCCUGGUACUCCUGAUGGAUGUGUGGGAGAUUCCGAUGGUGGACCUGGUUAUCCCUUUCGAUAUAAUAUGCCCCGCGGCAAAAUAUGGAUCGACCAUAGGUAGUUUAACGUCAUGAGACAGAGGAACUCUCUCCAGAAUAGAAACCAGUUACCACCACUAGCAUUGAGGCAGAGGCGGAAGGAUUUAUGGCGACAUGGCAGAGAACAGGGUCAACCGUGAUAUAAUCGGAGGUAAAUGCAUAGCAGAGCAUCCUCUAUCGGCCCAAGUUUUUACCCUUUCUCCUCUUCUGCC